AUGCGUGGUGCGGGAUCGCGCGACGAGAGGCACACCUCUGCUGCCGGUGGUCAGCUCAAUGCUAAGCAGCUCAGCAGCCACAUCUCAGAUGCCAGCGGCGCCGACGCACUGCUCACGCUCUUUGCUGCCCACAGCGCGAGCUUGGACCACAUCCACGCUGCGAACCUGUGGAACAAACUGGGCAAGCAGCGCAUCGAGCGGCGGCACGAGGGGCAGCUUGAGCAGCUGCUGCACCAGUGGCAGCUCUGGCUCUCUCUGGAACGCGGGGUAGACGGGCAGCAGCAUCUCCUCUCCGAGUCUCAGCGCAAGCUCUGCUGCGACGCCAUGCAAGGCACCGAAGUUACGAUCUCGCGCUUGCAGCGCUCCGUUGCAGCUGCCCUCGCCUCCGUCCAUUCUGGCUUCGAGAAAGAGCACCUCGAGCCGCGCACCGGCUACUCGCUCGACCUGGCGCUGCCCUCGUCACGCGUCGCGAUCGAGGUGGACGGCCCCUCUCACUUCAUGCUGCCCGACGGCAGGGGCGUGCGCAGACCCAAUGGGCCAACGCUGCUCAAGCGGCGCCUCCUCGCGGCGGCUGGCUGGAGGUUGAUCAGCGUUCCAUUCUACGAGUGGGACGGCGUUGCGACAGCCAAUGGGCAGCAGACCUAUCUGGAGAGGGCGGUCGCCCCGCUGUUGGGCUCCAGUACUUACUUUUAG